UGUUCAGUGAAUCACGUUAUCGACGCUGCUCAUAAAGGCGAUUCCGAUAUUGUUCUUAUACCACGUCCGACCGAAUGCGGAUCAGACCCUCUUGCAUGGUCUAGAUGGAAGAAAUGGUACCAGCUUUUCCUGCUAGCGCUAUAUGCGUGCGCGUUCUCGUUUGGAGAAAAUACCCUUGGUGCGGCAUAGACUACUGUCUCUGAGGAUAUCGGUGUAUCGCUCGUCAACAUGAAUGGAGGCAGUGCACUCAACUACCUGCUCCUUAGUCUCUGUAACAUCUGGUGGAUCAGCACGGCAAACAAAGUUGGCCGACGCCCAGUGUUCCUGCUUACCACUGAUAUAUUGUAUGGCUGGCUUGUGGCAAGGCCGUGCUCAUGGCACUGCUCAGUGGUUUUUAUCAAACAGUUUGAAUGGUGUCGGUACUAGUGCCUACCAAGCUGUUAUCCAGCUGUAAGUAUUUGAUAUGUUCUUCGCUCACGAGCGAGGUAUGACGCUAUCAUUCUACUUGUUUGGCCAGCAGCCCGGCAGUAUACUUGGCCUGAUCACUGGCGGUAUCAUCUCGGACCAACUCGGCUGGAGAUGGACACAAUACUGUGUUGCGAUGAUCGAUGCAGGUGUCUUGGUGCUUCUGUUCUUCACUUUUGAGGAAACUUUGUUUCCCAGAUUCAUCUUCGAGAAAAUACAAGGAGUCCUUCCUGUGACCGAAGGCCGAUCAAGCCCUGCAGAGCUGAGCGGCGGCAAUAGCGAUCUCGACGAGAAGGACGUCAACCGCGUUGUUACUGUGCAAUCAAACAGUCACGAUAUCCAGCAACGGGAUCUUCCUCGCCGAACCUACGCGCAGGAGCUCAAGCUUUGGGUAUACUUCCCAGAAAACAAGACAACAUACAUGCAAUACUUUCGACGCCCAUUUGCUCUAUUCCUUUCCCCGAACGUCGUCAUCUCUGGCUGCAUAUUUGCUCUUGGCUGUACAGCCGUUAUUGUCUCGUUUUACACCAUCUCCGAGAUCCUGACCGAACCACCUUACGAUUGGAGCACGUCUUCCACAGGCCUCGUCUUUCUUGCCGCCCUUAUUGGUAACUUCGUGGGAUGGUUGACCGGAGUUCUCUCCGACCAGAUUGUCAUCCGUUUGUCGCGAAGAAACGGUGGUGUGAAAGAGCCGGAGAUGCGUCUGUGGACGUUGUGCUUCUCAUUCGUCUAUGCUGCUGUCGGGUACAUGAUGUAUGGCUGGGGGGCUCAGACUGGAGCUCACUGGAUGACGAUCGCCUUCGGAGUCGGUUGUAUGAUCGCUCACCAAGUCUCGGCUUGCUCAAUCGCUAUAACAUACGCUUUGGAAUGCUUUCCAGGCAUCGGAGGAGAACUGGUCGUCGUACUCGCUAUUUGCUCUUCCUGCAUAAAUUUUGCUAUAAGCUACAGCGUGCAGCCGUUCACCGAAGCAGCAGGUUAUGGUUACACCUUCCUCUUUUUCGGCCCCUGCGUUCUAUACUCUAUGCUCUAUGCUCUAUGCUCUAUGCUCUAUGCUCUAUGCUCUAUGCUCUAUGCUCUAUGCUCUAUGCUCUAUGCUCUAUGCUCUAUGCUCU